AUGUCCCUCAGUACGACUUGGACACAGUUCUUCACUCCUCGCAACGGCGCGCCGCCCACAGAAAACAGCCUACCGAAACAGGCUGGCAAAGUAUUCAUCGUGACCGAUGAGUUAUCCGGUCUGGGCUAUGAACUUUCGCGCAUUCUCUACGGCGCUGGUAGCAGAGCCGCUAUACGGCGGUCUUUACGGCUAGAGAGACCAAAUGGAAGACCCGACGUCUUGUUCAGCAACGCAGGCACCAGUGCUCUGAAGAACGAUCACUGGAGCCGCAAGGGACAUGAGUACCACUUUGCAAUCAAGUCCCUUGGAGCGACGGCCAAGACCAACCCGAAGGAUACUAUACGCGUUGUUUGGCUAGCCUCCUUCCUUGUUAAGAUGGGGUCACCAAAAGCGGCAUAUAAACGAAAUUCUUACAGGAUCCAACAAGUGUCCAAGAGGAGAAUGAGGAAUCUAGGCAAUUACGUUACCAAUAUUUGGCGAAUUACAGUUAGCAUGCUUUACUAUAUUCUUUGGCCCACUCUCCACGAUCCUGUUCAUGGGGACGAGACAGCUGAUAGUGUAGCAGGCCGUUACGCCAUCUGUAAUGGAAGAUGGCAUCCUGGACAGCGAGAAGAUCUUGUCCUAUUCUAG